GCUCUAUAAAGCAGAAAUCAAUCAGUGCUUUUCGCGUUUAUUCGUUCACUGAAGAAGGAAAUGUGCAAGACUAUUUUGAUUGUGGUAACGAGUUUCCUAUGGAUUUUACAGGUGAAAUCCACGGAUCUUGAUAAUCACACGAAUUGGAAACAUUUGCCCACUAAGGAUUGCGGAAAGGCGCCUCCAACGGAUAGAAUCAUCGGAGGUGAGAAGGCGGAACUCGGUCAGUUUCCAUGGAUGGUUUUGGUACGUUUUAAUAAAGCGUAUUGCGGUGGAACUUUACUCAACAAAUAUUAUGCCUUGACUGCCGCUCACUGCACGAAUGCCACUGUUGACAGCAUAAAGGCGAUCUUGGGAACUAUUUUCAAUAGAUAUCCAUAUUGUGACCGCGACAGUUGCGUCCCCGCCCCACAAAUCAUGAACAUUAGUGAAAAAUACAUAAUGCCUGACGCUGUUGAUUUAGGCCUGCUUCAAUUUUCUCAACCAGCUGAAUAUAACGAACACGUCCAACCGAUCUGCUUGCCUCGUGGAGAUAUCGUCGACCAUCCAGAAAACUACUUAACCAUUGACAAGCAUUUUUUAACUAUAUCCGGAUGGGGUUACAUAAAUCAUAAAGAGAAAAUUAGGUCACCAUAUCUUAUGUAUGCGAAGUUUGACAUUGUUGACUUGGAUGGUUGUCCAGAUUGCUGCGGCCCAGAAAGAAUAUGCGUUGGAGGGAACUUAACAAGAGUUUGUUUCGGAGAUUCCGGAUCGCCGGCGGCGCAACUGCAGAAGUUGGACGAUGGUCCUGAAAAGUACUUUAUUUUGGGGACCCAAUCGGCUGUAGGAGGAUGGAUGGGAACGUGCGAGGAACUAGUUGGCCUUUUCAUAAACGUCGUUCAUGAGUUGGAGUGGGUACUGGAUAAUGUUAAUAAAUCGUAAUACGAAAAAGAAUGAAUUUAAUAAAGCACACGAUCAUAUUUGUUUUCUUCUUCCAAAAGAGCUAAAAUUAUACAUUGU